CCGUCCAGUUGACUUUUUCCCCGACCAGGUUCUCCUUACCCAGUUUUUCGUAUAGAUUUCAUUUCUGCAGUCGGUUUUUGCAUAUUGCGUCCCUAAAUGGAUAAGAAGGAUGUUUUUCUUCCUCGCCCCAUCCAUACUGUAUUGGAGGGGACUAAAAAUUACUUAUCCUGGUCUCAAGCUAUGCGCAGUUUUCUUAAGAGCCGCAUGCUCUGGCAUUAUUGUACUGGUGCAAUGACUAUUCCUGUCAAAGGAGCAAGUGAAGAAGAUGCUGUCUUUCUUAGUCGCAUGAUUGAAUGGGAUAGUCAUAACCACAUGAUCCUCACAUGGAUCCGGAACACUUCCAUUCCCUCUAUUUCCAACCUAUUGGGCAGCUUUGACGAUGCAAAAUCUGCAUGGGAUAUGUUGACCAAAAGGUACUCCACUACUCAUGGAUCCAUGAAAUAUCAGUUAGUGGUUGAAUUGCAUCAACUCAGGCAAGAACCGGGGCAAUCCAUCAAUGACUAUUAUGAUCAGCUUCGCUUCAUUUGGGACCAAAUUGACCUUUCUGAUCCAACUUGGGGAUGCUCCACAGAUGCUCAGCAAUAUGCUACCAUUAGAGAUGAAUUUCGCCUCUAUGAAUUCUUGAUGUCACUUCACAAGGACUUUGAGCCCAUUCGUGGUCAGCUGUUAAAUCGCAGUCCUGCUCCCUCUCUUGAUACUGCUGUGAAUGAGUUGGUUAGAGAAGAAGCUCGUCUUGCAACCCUUCAAGCCCAGAAUAAGCUCAAUAUUUUGGCUAUUACUCCAUCUACUCCACUCAUAGAGCAACCUCAGCAAUUAGGUGAUUUUUCUGGCUCUAGCAAUCGUCGCAAGCAAACCAACAAGAAGUUCUGCAACUAUUGCAAGCGUCCUGGCCACACCAUUGAGACUUGUUACCGUCGUAACAAAUCUACUACUGCUGUUGCUAAUACUGCACCUACUCCGCCAACGGUUUCCACGUCCCAGUCUUCUGGAUCUACUAUCAACCUCUCUUCCACUGAACUACAGGAGAUCAUAGCUCAGGCUGUUCGUAUGGUUGGUAAUGCAUCUCUUUCCACUGCCUUAUCUGUUCUACCUGGAUCCGAGGACGGGGCAGGAGCUUGGGACCGGUCCUAGAGUUGGGCGUAUGUUUCCCGUGAACAAUCUUCAUCUUCCACCUGUUGCUCCUGUUUCUGUUGCUGCUGCAACAGCUGCAGUUUCUUCCUUACCUUCUCUUGCGCUUUGGCAUUCUCGUCUUGGUCAUGCACCAUCUUCUCGGGUACAACAGUUAGUGUCUAGAGGUCUGUUGGGUUCUGUGUCUAAAGACAAUUUUGAUUGCACUUCAUGUCAGUUAGGAAAACAACCAGCUUUGCCUUUCAAUAACAGUGACUCCAUUUCUAAAAGUAUUUUUGAGUUAAUUCAUUCUGAUGUUUGGGGACCUUCUCCUGUUGCUAGUAUUGGUGGAUCUCGAUAUUUUGUUGUUUUUAUUGAUGAUUACUCUCGUUAUAGUUGGAUUUUUCCUAUGAAAUCUCGUUCUGAAAUUUUAUCAAUAUAUAGCAACUUUGCAAAAAUGGUUGAAACUCAAUUCUCCAAACGUAUCAAAACCUUUCGA